AUGAAUAAAUCAGAAUUUUUAAAUUAUAAGAAAAAUUUGAAGAUUAGAGAAUAGUCGUCAUCUAAUACUCUUUGGUUAGUUAUUUAUGUCUGCCUUAUUUAUUUGCUUUUUGGAUCCUUUAACAUUUGUGGUAAAUUUUUUCUAACUUGCACAUACAUCUAUUCAUUUUCAGAUAGCAUUUCAAUCUUAAACUAUCGUUCCUUAAAUUUGGCAAACUUUCAGUAAUUCAAUUUUUAAAGAUAACAUAGAUGGUUUCUAUUUGAAAUGGUCGGACCAUUGAGUCUUCCUUUAAUACCUGAUAUUAUUGGCAGAAUGAAAUUCAAGUUUAUUUUCCUAAUUGCGUCACUUGGACCGAUAAUAUUUUUGACCCCUGCUUUGUAUGCAAGUAUUUGUAAAGACUCAAACAAUUCAGGUUGCAACAUAUUGUUCAUAUAUUGUUGUGCAUUUGUAGUUUCGAUAAUUGCUGGUUUAAUGUAAUCUUUACUUUUAUUUGUUAUGUUAUUCUACCUAUCUAAUUUAGCAAAAAGUAGAGAAAAAGUUAUAUAUUAUGGUUCAUUUUUUUUUAUACAUUCUCUUUAAUGGCUACUUGGAAGUUUAAUAGGGGAGAUUUUCAUAACCUAUGAUAAUAUGAGUGCAAAUAAUACCAUAUCUAAAGUCUUUGGAAUCAUUAUAAUAAUGCAAUUCUCAACAAGUUUAAUCUAUCUUACUAUCCCAGAGAAAUCUAAUGGAAGAUACUAUAGCUUUUAGAAAACAUUAAUUCAUUUCUUUAAUUAGAAAUCACAAAAACAAUCAAAAUUAGAUACUAAUUAGCAAGACAUCAGAGAACUAUUACUAAAAUCAUCGAGUUCAGAUUAUAAUGAUGAUUCAAACAAUACAUUUAAUGAUACUGAAUAAAGUGAUAAAAUUUCAACUCAAUCUGAAAAAUAGCAAAAUGACUUACAUCUAUUUACAUCCAAACUCUUGUAAAACUCCAAUACAAAGUCAAUCCUGACCUUAUAAUGCUUCUCAAUUGAAGAAAGAAGCUUAAUUGAGCUCUUAGAAUCUUCAUAAGACAAUUAAUUUUGCUCAAAUUUUAUAUCUAUAGAUGAAUAUCAAAAUCGAUCUUACUUUUCAAAACUUUACAUUACGUUAGAUAAACUAUACAAGGAUGGUUUCUCAUGGGUUCUCUUCUUAUUAUGUUUUAUUGCCAGCAUUUAAUCAUUUUUGUAUAUUUAUUUCUUCCCUUUUUUUGCUUAACCAGAUACUAAAUAAUUAGCAAAUUAAGCUGCCUUAGUUUUAUAAGGGUAUUUAUAUGUUGGUGUUGGGGAAUUGUUUGGUUCAUUUGGAAUAGGAAUGCUUGGAGAAUCUAAAGAUAAGAUAAAUGCUCUAAUUUAUAUACUUUAUGUAUUCUAAUUUGGAUGCUUUGUAGCUUGGACUUCUUAUUUCUUGAAAUAUGAAAUAUUAAUCUUAGUAUUCUCUAUCACAACAGGAUUUUGUGAUUCAUCAAUGACCUCUACUGUUAUUUCAGUCUUGACUUUGAGAUUUCCUAAAUAUAUUUAUUUAGUGGACCUGAUGUACUUUAUUUAUUCCUUAUCAUUUGCAGUCCUAGCUUUUAUAUUUAUAUCUUGCAAUUUUGAUAACAAUACUUUUCUAUCCUUAAUUUUACUCUAAACUUUUGGCUUUCUAGGGCUACUUGCAGUUUAUAAAAUCAAUCACUUAAUUGAAAAUAAUUAAAUUAAAGUAGUUUAAUGA